GUACAAGGAGUACUUUUCCCAAUCUGUGCUCAUGAGUACCCGAUCAAGUUUCUAAUAACCAGGGUUUGCUAGAGAAUUUGCCAAGUAUAUUUUCGCCCGGAUAACGUGAUCUCUGUAAAUCUAAGCUAUCGCUUCUUAACCGGACCAGCAUACCCCGAGCAUGUGGACGGCCUUUUCGUCAAAGUUGCGGCAGCACAUGUGCAGAAAUGAGGACUUUAUGCAUCGAACUCGAACCCCGUACACUCCUUGGCCAUUCCCUCCUCUUCUUCGUUCGAUUCAACAACUACACCAGCAAUCUCGCAGGGGGGUGGGCUCCCGAAAUGGAGCCGCUUCUUUCUGCAAUUGUGGGCGAUCUUGUCACUAGAGCUCUGUCCAUGAUGGUGAAGCGAUACGUGCAGUACAAGGGAGCAGAGGAGAAGCUGGAGAAGCUCCAGAGGCUAAAGGGGCUGUUGCUGAGGAUCGACGCCGCCAUCGAGGAGGCUGAGGGCCGGCACAUCACCAACCAGGCCAUGCUACAGCAGCUCCAGAUGCUCAGACAAGGUAUGUACAGAGGCUACUACAUGCUGGACACCUUCAGGUACCGAGCCCAAAGAGCCGGCGGCGAGCUGAGCCUGAGUAGCACUGGCCGUUCACUUGCCCUGUCCAGGUUCAGUCCUUCAAGUUCCAGAUGUUCGCUCUUCUCCGUGUGCGAUGCCACGAGCAUGGAGAGCUUGCUUGACGCUGGAAGCAGCGAUAAUCUGGACAAGAUGCUUGGUAGCCUCGAGAGGAUGAUGGGUGGCAUGCGGGAGUUCUUCGUCACAUUCUUGCCCAGCUAUCCUCGCAUCUCCCGGCAACCUUACAGCGCCUAUUUGUUUCUUGACCAGGUCAUGUUUGGUCGGCAGAUGGAAAUGGAGACGAUUAUCAAUUUUCUGUUUAGAAGUCAGGCCGAGAGCAAUGGAGACCUGGGCGUGCUUCCGAUAAUCGGCGCGGCGAGGGUCGGAAAGAGCACGCUUGUUGAGCAUGUCUGCCUGGACGACAGGGUGCGCGACCAUUUCUCGUCGAUCGUUUUCUUCACCGGAGACGAUCUUGAUGGCGGAAUCUUGGCCAGUAUGAGAGGUAGCGGCGUGGUCAAGCAACAGAGCCUUGCUCCCACCCCUGGCCGAGGCUCGCUUGCUGUCGUUGAGCUAGCCAGGGACAUGGAGGAGGAAACGUGGAGGCGGCUCUACACUUCUGCAGUGAACCACAUGUCGCCAGGCAGCAAAAUUUUACUGACGAGCCGUUCAGAGAAGACAGCAUCAUUUGGAACAGAACGGGCUCUCACGCUGAAUUUCUUGCCCCAAGAAGCUUACUGGUAUUUCUUCAAGACGAUCGCAUUUGGGAGCUCAAACCCGGCAGAGCGGCCGGAACUGGCAGCCCUCGGUAUGGACAUCGCGGUGUACAUGAACAGGUCCUUCAUGGCGGCGAACACCGUCGCCGGAUUACUGAGAGCCAAUCUUGACGCCAGGUUCUGGUUAAAGGUGCUGAGAUGCCUGAGAGAUUUCGCGAGCAGGCACCUCAGCUUGUUCGGUGAGCACCCGACCGAUCUACUGCGGAAGGACCAGCCCGUGUACAUCUGGACGAUGGCCAAGAGGAAGAACGUCGUUGUGAUGCGCGAUAUUUACCAGCACCGCUCUCCCCAGAGCAGUGAGGUCCCCAGGAUAACGGCGCAGGACGUCCUGUCUGGGAGUGUCACGUCUCUGGGGAGAUUUCAAGCAGUGGCAUGGAGGUCGAGGAUACCUCCCUGCUUCACCUACUUGGUGAGCUUCGUCGUGUCUCCGACUGACAAGCACGCGGUGAUCGGUAAGAAGCGGCCUCGGUCUCGGCGGGACAGGAUUUGAUGUGAAAACUCUGUAAUUCUGCAAUUUGUAAAUCUUAGCCUGCCGCCUUAAAAAGAAUUGUUAAGUUAAGUUCUUGUUUCUGUCGGUGUGUUACAUCUCCUUAUAUGUACUUAUAGAUUUGCUCCUUGGGUCUCAA